AUGAGUGCGGAAUUGAUCGCGCCCGCGCUCCAAGAGGGUGACUGGCUAGAUGUCGUGGACGGCGACGGCAUUUGGAACGUGGCGCAGGUGCUGCGGCUGCCGACGCCCGAGACCGUCGAGGUGACGUACGACUGCUGGGGAGACGAGUACAACGAGGAGCUAAGGCGCGACAGCGAGCGGAUUGCUCCCUUCCACACGCACACGUGGACUGUCAAGUGUUGGGCCAAGCUCGAUACGUGGCCCUGGUGGCCGGCACUGCUCACGGUGAGAGCUCCCGGCUCGGCACAGGGCUCACAGAACUUGAGGCUGGAGGGAAGGCUACUUGUGGACUUCCUCGACAAAGUAGAGUUCAAGGAGCGCUGUCGGUGUUGGGUGGAGAAGAGUAAAGUGACCGCGUUCCAGUCCGAUGAAGAGGCGAGGAAUGUGUUGACGAAGCUUAAGAAGAAGAAGAACAAGAGUAAAGGGGAAGUGAGGCUGAAGAAUCUGGCGCUCUCCACUGAGUUGCUAAGCAUGUGCGACGCUCGAGAAGAUUUCCCAGAGUUUGUGGAGGGCACACUGCCUGUGCAGUUUAAAAAGAAUUAUACGCGGCCGACGGCUGCAGUGAGAGAGGAAAUGGGCGAAGAGAUCUGGAAGCGCGAAUUCGCUGAUAACAGGGUAAAGCACGCCUCCACGCACGCGUAUCUCCCUCUACUCCGUGAUGGAAGUAAUUCGGACAGUGGAAAUUUAACGGAGAAAACAGGGUCGAGUCCAGCAAAAUCUGGUCCGACGUCACACGAUCGAGCAACAAGCAGCUCGCCAGGUGCAGGAAAAGAUGACGCGUCGAGCGUCUCUAAAGAGUCCAAGGAACCGAAGGAUGUUACUGUUGCACCGGAGAAUCCCGAAAUCCCGACACAGAAACCGGUAAAUUUCCGAAAGAGAGCGAGGAGUCCUGAAGAAGAGGAGUCUUCUAGCAGCACUGAUACCAGUCGAGCUGGAAAAACCAAAGCACCUCGUCAAGCACCUCAAGAGAGUCAGAGUACCGCAGCCAAGGAGACCCUGAGCACUGAUACCGAUCAAACUGGAGAGACUAAAGCACCACGUAAACAAACUCAAGAGAACGAGAGCACAACCAAGAAGACACACACAUCAAAAACUGAUGGCAAUUCAGCGCAAGCAAAAAGAAAUCAGAAGCCUAAACCGGCCGCCAAAGAGAUCCACGUUUCGCCAAGGAAAUACGGGAAGACGCCCAAAGUGUUGAGAUCUCAACAAAAACGAGCAGCUAACCUGCCGCCAUACACGCCACCCCACACUAGGGUGCUACUUAAGGCGAAGCCGGGGGAUGAGAAGAAUGUCACUCGCUCCAAUAUCCCCAAUCACGCUCGCGAUGCGCCGUGUGCCAAGACAGACAAACAUUUACUGCCCACUGAUCAACAAGAGACGAGCGCUGCUGCGAAAAAGAACGCAACGAACGAGUCGAAAGAUGUUGAGGAAUCGACAAGCCCCAUGAAGAAUCUUGCUCGAUUGACGAAGGCUACCGUGCGCGCUGAUGAGCAGCUGCAGAACAUAGAAACCGCGUUGGAGAGUAAGCUCACUGAACUCGCAGAGAAGUCAGCUAAGGCUGAAGAGCUGCGGAACAAAUGCGCUGCCUUGAAAACCAGAGUGCUAUCUCCACCUCCAGCUCCUGCUAGUCCCACCCACAUUCCUCAAGAGGAAUUGCCACAUGAGAGUAGUCCGACACACUCGUCAACAUCGAUUUCUAUCCGUGAAGCGCAGAAGGUUCGGAAAGAGAGUACACGGCGGGAGAAGAAUGCUAACGGCAGGCCGGGAGACACUCGAUCACCAACACUUGCACGAAGGUCAUCGCCAGCCAAGUGCGGUAUCCGAGGGUUGGAGUUAGUGCUGGACGAUCUCCUCGCCAAGGACCUAAACCAGAGUCUUAGUGCCGCCACAACCACCGCUGAGCUGGACGCUAUCAAAGCUGAAUUACUGGCAUUUCCGGAAGUUCGAGCUGCCAUCGCUCGUAUACAGUACCCUAGCUACGCCACAGCUACGCGAGGGAAUGUACAGAAACCGGGCUUGAAACACCAGAACUUGUACGACCACUCGUCAUUUGCGAUCGUGAUGGCAGAUUCGACGACUCGGACGCUGUUCGCCUGUGCGCUGGACGUGCUGACUACGGGUGACGCGUUCGCCAAGGCGGAUAAAACGACCAAGUACGUAGCGCAAUGGAAGAGCGGAGAGAUCAACGUCAUCUGCAACGAGGAGGACGACGUGAACAACGUUCCCGACCAUCCGGCACGACCCGAGAACGUGGAGGUCGUUCCAGCGUACAAGGCCAAGCAGGGGUCUCGCAAGGCCUUCGUGCACAGCUUGGCGCAUGCAGAGAGCUACGCGAUUGAUCUGAUGUGGGAUAUUAUGGCUCGAUUUGUCAACACGCCGCUGCCACGUGCAUUCUAUGACGACUGGGUUCGUGUUGCUGGUGAGGAAGCAGAGCACUUCAGUAGUUGGGCGCACCGUCUGACUGAGCUGGGUAGUUUCUACGGUGAUCUCGCGGGCCACGAAGGUCUCUGGGAUGCUGCGUUGGAGACUCGUGACAGCAUUCUAGCACGUCUGGCAGUGGUGCAUCUUGUUCACGAGGCUCGUGGUCUUGAUGUGUUCCCGAACGCGGUCAAGCGGUUUGAGAAAGCCAGCGACGAUACAAGUUUGGAAAUUAUCCACAAGAAUUACAACGAGGAGACUACGCACGUGGGGGCGGGAGUACGAUGGUUCCGAUACGUCUGCGAACGCGACGGUAUGGAUCCGAUUGCCAAGUUCCACGAGAUUGUGCCGCAGUACUACAAGGGCUUGCUGAAGCCGCCUUUUAAUAAGGAGGCACGAGACGAGGCCGGUAUGCUGGAGGAAUGGUAUCUCCCGCUUAGUACAGAGGCAGUUGCUGCUGCAGAGAAGCAGUCUACUGGCGGUGUGACGGUCGACGAGGCGUCUGCUGCGAUCUCAUCAAUAAAACUGGAUGCGACAUCAGCUUAG